UUGUGGUGAGUUCGGGCCUUUGUCGGAGAAACAUGACACGAGCGUUGCUGUAUGUUGGUUUGCUGAUAGCCAUAAUGGCUGCUGCGGAUGCAAGGCCUAAAUCAGCUGAACCCAAAUGUAAAUCCGGCCCGGUCGACCUCGUGUUCAUCAUCGACGGCUCUCGCAGCGUCCGUCCCCACGAGUUCGAGACCAUGCGCAAGUUCAUGAUAGACAUCAUCAAUGAACUGGACAUCGGUCUGGAAACUACAAGAGUCGGCGUAGUCCAAUACUCCAGCCAAGUCCAGAACGUAUUUUCCCUCAAAUCCUUCAGCAAGCCAGCGCAGAUGGUCAAAUCCAUCAACGAGAUCAUUCCAUUGGCCCAGGGCACCAUGACCGGCCUGGCCAUCCGUUACGCCAUGAAUGUGGCGUUCUCCCCUGAGCAAGGCGCCCGUCGCAACGUUCCCCACGUAGCGGUCAUUGUGACGGACGGUCGCCCCCAGGACCGUGUGGCUGAGGUGGCGGGCGCCGCGAGAGAGUCUGGCAUCGAGAUUUACGCCAUCGGUGUCGCCAGGGCGGAUAUGACAUCACUCCGAGCAAUGGCCUCUCCGCCGUUUGAGGAUCACGUGUUCCAUGUGGAGAGCUUUGACUUGAUUCAUCAGUUUGGGCUGCAGUUCCAAGACAAGCUUUGUGGGAUGGACUUGUGUCUCGAGUCGGAUCACGGCUGUGACCACAUCUGCGAAAGCUCUCCUGGUUCCUAUCAGUGUCUCUGUCUUCCCGGAUACACGCUGAACGAGGACGGCAAGACCUGCACACCCAUCGAUCUAUGUGCAGAACAGAAGCACGACUGCCAACAGAUCUGCAUCGCUUCACCUGGAUCCUUCACGUGCGACUGCCACAAGGGAUACACGCUCAACGACGACAAAAAGACCUGCAAAAUGAUCGAUUACUGCUCAUUUGGGAAUGACAGCUGUGAACAUCAGUGUGUCAGUGUACUUAAUGGCUUUAACUGCAAAUGUAAUGAAGGAUACACACUCAACGAUGACAAGAAGACGUGCACAAUGAUCGACUACUGCUCAUUUGGGAACGACAGCUGCGAACACGAGUGUGUCAGCAUACUUCAAAGCUUUUACUGUCGCUGUCGUGACGGAUACACGCUCGAUGAGGAUGAAACAUCAUGCACAAUGAUCGAUUACUGCUCAUUUGGGAACGACAGCUGUGAGCAUCAGUGUGUCAGUGUGCUCAAUGGCUUUAACUGCCAGUGCAAUCAAGGAUACUUCCUCAACGAUGACCUGAAGACCUGCACAAUGAUUGACUACUGCUCAUUUGGGAAUGACAGCUGUGAGCAUAAGUGUGUCAGUGUGCUCAGUGGCUUUUUUUGCCAAUGUAAUGAUGGAUACUCGCUCAACGACGACAUGAAGACCUGCACAAUGAUCGAUUACUGCUCGUUUGGGAAUGACAGCUGUGAGCAUCAGUGUGUCAGUGUGCUCAAAGGUUUUUAUUGCCAGUGUAAUGAAGGAUACUCGCUCAACGACGACAAGAAGACCUGCACAAUGAUCGAUUACUGCUCAUUUGGGAACGACAGCUGCGAGCAUCAGUGUGUCAGUGUACUUAAUGGCUUUUAUUGCCAAUGUAAUGAAGGAUUCUCGCUCAAUGACGACAAGAAGACCUGCACAAUGAUCGAUUACUGCUCAUUUGGGAAUGACAGCUGUGAGCAUCAGUGUGUCAGUGUGCUCAAAGGUUUUCAUUGCCUGUGUAAUGAAGGAUACUCGCUCAAUGACGACAAGAAGACCUGCACAAUGAUCGAUUACUGCUCAUUUGGGAAUGACAGGUGUGAGCAUCAGUGUGUCAGUGUGCUCAAUGGCUUUUACUGUCAAUGUAAUGAUGGAUACACACUCAACGAUGACAAGAAGACCUGCACAAUGAUCGACUACUGCUCCUAUGGCAAUCACAGUUGUGAUCAUAAGUGUGUUGGUGUGCUCAAUGGCUUCUACUGUAUCUGCAAUGAAGGAUACACUCUACAGAAGGAUGGAAAGACCUGCCAGUCGGAUAACUUGUGCAACACGGUUGAACACGGUUGUGAGUACCAGUGUGUGAGCACUCCCGGAUCAUACCACUGCAUCUGUCCCGAGGGUCAUGUGCUUCAGGACGAUGGCAAGACCUGCGGAAGUACUACUGCUUUUCAUUCAUACCAACAUUUACUACAGCUGGGAUUUCCUCACACGGUGUUAUUUUAA